ACAGUUCCCUAGACUAAAAUACAAAUAUACAGCUCCUAUAUACAUAUUUAUAUAUAUAUAUAUAUAUAUAUAUAUAUAUAUACGGCUUCACGUAACGCAACAUGAAGCUGUCGAUCCGCACGCUGGACCAGAAGACAAUCUCCCUAGAGCUGCAGGAUGACAAACAGAAGGUAAUCCAGCUGAAGCAACGGCUGGUUCAGUUGCCGGAGAUAACACAGCCGGUGGAGAGCUUGCAGCUGAUCUACGGCGGACGCAUUAUGCAGGACGAUCUGCCGCUGGCCGACUACAACAUUAAGGAGGACAGGUUCAUAGUGCUAAUGACUAAAAGGAGUGCCAACGUGCAAGAGCCGGAGUCGGAGCCAAGGCAGGAGCACCAUCCAGAGCAGAUAGUGCAGCCAGCGGAGCCGCCGCGACCCUCCGUUACGCCCGAUGAGCAGCGCGUGCGCGACCUAAUGCUCAUGGGCUACGAGGAGCAGGAUGUGCGUGCCGCUUUGAGCGCCAGCUUCAAUCAUCCGGAACGCGCCAUCGAGUACCUAAUCACGGGCAUACCCAGCAGCCAUGUAACAGCAAUGAACGGAACAACUACAACCUCCAGCCCGGCGGAGUCGAGCGUGAUUAGCGAGACAGCCGAGCAUCUCAAUUAUUUGGCAACCGAUCCGCGUUUUGCGCAUGUGCGCGAUUUGAUACGCCAGAAUCCGGAACUGCUGGAGCUGGUGCUGACGCAUCUGCGGGAGAGCGAUCCGGCCGCCUUUGAGGCCAUACGCAGCAAUCAGGAGGAGUUCAUAUCCAUGCUGAACGAGCCGACGGCCCACUUGACGGGCUCGCUCAGCCAUGAGGAGGAAGCAGCCGUGGAGCGACUGAUGGCGCUGGGCUUUGAUCGUGACGUGGUUCUGCCCAUUUAUCUGGCUUGCGACAAGAACGAGGAGCUCACUGCCGACAUACUCUUCCGGCAGACCGACGAGGAGGACAACUAGCUUUUGGGCAAUUGCUUUUGGUUGUUUUGGGUUGCAAAAAGUUUAUUAACCAUUUGGAUGACAAGCACAGGGACAGAACUGGUUCGAACCUAGGAUUUCAAUUUGUGUUUUCUUUAUAUUCGAACGGGAUGUAAGUCCAGUUGGUUUCAAAAAUAGCCCCCCCCCCCAAUCGUAACGUAUUUUCCAACCUUUUCUAACACUUUUUUUUUUUUCAAUCUAAUGUUAUCGGGCAGCAGGACCUAGGCAUGGCUAUGAAAUUAAUAAUUGUUAUCCUACUUGAUUGAAAUUAAAUUCAUAAUUGAAUUCUUUCACUUAAAAGAA